AUGGACAUUUCUCUUCAAAAACCGAUGGUCUCAGUUUCUCCGAUCGACAAAUCGAGAAAGAAGAUAACUAGAACGAUGUCGAAGACCGAUCUCAGAGAGCUUUCGGAGAGAGAGGAGGGUUUUGAUUCGAGAUCGGAUUCGUUGGAUCGAGUGUUGUUUUUGGGCUCCGGAUUGGAUGAGAUUGUGGUUGAUGAGGAGUGUGAUGUUGUUGGGGUAAGGGAUUGGAAAUUGGGGGGUGUUGUUGUGGGUGGUGGUGCUGGAUACGGCGGAGGUGGAAGUUUGACCGGUGGUGGUGGUGGUGGAGGAGGAGGAGGAGGAUCAGGCGGUGGUGAUGGGGAUGGGAGUUCUGGGUAUUGGGAUUCAAAUCAUGGGAAUAACAUCACGGAGGAGUAUUAUCAGAAGAUGAUUGAUGCAUACCCUGGAGAUGCUCUGCUUCUUAGCAAUUCUGCUAAAUUCUUGAAAGAGAUAGCAGAUAGCUAUUUCACUCUCCUUCGCAAAAAGCCCUACUCUUGGUAUUCUCUUCAACAAAAGAAAGGCCUUGGCGGUGCUGCGUCUGUGCGAGAGACAAAUCUAACCUUUGUAUUCGUCGACGACAACAAUGGAUCGCAUCCUUUUCUUCGAACACGCUCGCAAGGCCGCCGAAGCCUCCUACACCAAAACCCCCCUCAAUGCCGAGGUUCUUAUUCUUCUUUAUAUUCAUAUUUAAUCCCGAAUACCUACUUUUUAUCUUCAUCUCUUUUUGCAUUUUUCUUGAAUUUUGAUUUUUUGUGUGAUUAUUUGUGUAGAAUAAUAUUAACGAAUCAAAGGAUAUGAUUCAAGGUUCUAAUCUCUCUCUCUCUCUCGGCUCACUUUGUAUAUAUGCUUUUGCUUAUGUAUAAUAAUUAUCUAUGCGUCAGUUAGUUAAUUGAAUUUCGGUGCAAAAGAAACGAAAACAUGUUUGGCGGAUUGUAAUUUUUUAAGUAAUUAUAUUUUGGGGCAAAUGGAAAUAAUUUUUCAUGGCAAUGGAGAUUUUAAAUUUGUGUCUGUUUAGUUCGAAUGUUUAGCAAAUCGGCGACAAACUAGCAAAUCGGCAACAUACAUAGCAAAUCGGUGAGGUUCUUCAAAAUCUUGACUAUAUUUGUUCAUUCCUUGGUGAGGUUUUUAAUAUCAAAUUCGUAGGCACUAAAAUGGGUUAAUAAACCCAAAAUCAAAUUAACCCAUUUACUAUCAAAUUCCAAAAUCAAAAUCAAAAUGUUCGAUAACAAAUCAAACUGGGUUAUAUUUGUUCAAACCCAAAAUGGGUUAUAUUUGUUCAAAAUUAACCCAGUUCAGAUUCGUGAAACCCAAAUUCCAGAUAACAUAUUUGAACAAAUCAAAAUGGGUUUAUCAUUCUAUACAUUAUCAAAAUGGGUUUAUAUAUAGAAUGGAAUUAAUUCCAUUUUGUUCAAACCCAUUUUGAUAAA